GCCACAUCUGCAAAUACUUAAUAAAAUAUUUUAAAAUAUCUAAUAAAUUUGAUGAUAUUCAUCAUCUGAUGAUAUUUUGUGACGGCAUCGAAAGUAACAAUGGAUUAUGAGCUACAGUUUCUAUACAUAUGUUUAUAUGUUUUAUGCCGUCGGGGAAAAGACAACCAACUCAACUAGAAAAAAAUUAUUUAAUUAAAUAACUUUAUUAAUAACUUUAUUGAGGUUCAAACAAAAAACUUGAUGUUCACAUGGCCUCAAUUGUAAAGUUUCAAUGCCACCCACCAAUUUGACAAAUACGUUGUUUAAAUUUUUCAACUUUUUUUGGGACCCACUAUAUUUUUGUCGCGUUUCAUGAAAGCAUCAUUCAUCAAUAAGAUAACAUGGCUCUUGAAGCUGUAAGCCCCCCUGAACCGCAAGCUUUAGUAUUAGCUGCACAAUAUUCCGUUGAGAAAUCGUUUGUCUUUUUCGUAAACAGCACAACGCGUUCUGUUAAUUUAUAUUGGAUGGAUUUUAACGGUCGUCAAGAACUCUUUCAAGCUCUUAAACCGGGAGCAGGCAUUAAAAUCAAUACUUAUGUCAAACAUCCAUGGAUAUUUCGCGAUAAAGUAACCGGUGAGCGCAUGCAUGUAAAAAAUAAAGAUGUGUUCUGGCCACAAAAUUCUCGUAUACGCGAUGCCGCUAACAAUGCACUAUGGAUCUCCUUUCGCAAACUGGUUGCAAUACAUUUGCCGAUACGUUCAUUAAGAUCCAAAUGUCUUUGGACCUACGCUGAGCAGAUAUUUGAAAAUCACACAGAGAUUUUGGACAAACUGAUAAUACCUCAAACCGUGAAGUGUGAUCUAAAACAUAUUUUGGUAAUGAUAGAAAAGCAUCAAAAGUAUGCAUCUAUGAGAUGAUACAUUACCCAAAAUGAUUAACGAGAUUGAACAGGAGGAGAUUGUUAGUUAGUAUUAGUUUUUUUUAUUAUUUUUACAAAAUAUCUAAUACUAUUUACUAUAUAUUUGAUUUUAAUUGUGUUUAAGCUUUCACAAUUUAAUUUCCGCUAUUGACAAUAAAUGACGUUCCAUGUUGGAUGCUAGUUUUUAACAUAACGUGAAUGGCAAAAGUACAAGAAAA